AUGCAGGGAGCGCUGAGCAGCACGGAGACUGGGAGCAUCAAGCUCGGGGAGCAAGGAUGCUCUGGGGAACCUGUUGGCAGAGCCGGGGGGAAGCAGGCCUCAGUUAACGCUGUCUGUCCUCUCUUCUGCAUCCACCUGGAACUGGUACAGGAGCGGCAGAAAAAAGCCAGGUUGCCCGAGAGCAGUGACGGCUCCAAGGACUCGGACAGCUCUGCUGGGCGCCGGGGCAGCACUAGCCGGAAGCAUGGGCGAUGGCGGGGACGGCUGGACAGCCCCGGGGCGCUGGUGUCCAAGGUGGUGAGAGCAGUCACAGCGAGACAUAAACCAGGACGGAGGCUGCCGGCGGCACCGGACUCUUCCAGCCGGAGGAACCUGACGGAGCCACGUGGGGAGGCCCAGCUGGCUGUCUUCCAGCAGGGCGACACGGGCAGCGUGGAGGGGGCUCCCCAGCCCACCGAGAACAGCUUCACCCCCAAGUGUGAAAUCACAGGCAAAGAUGCCCUCUCGGCGCUGGCUCGGGCCAGCAGCAAGCAGUGCCAACAGGAGAUCGCCAACGUGGUGUGUCUGCACCGGGCUGGCAGCCUCAUGCCCCAGUCUGUGCCUCGCCACUGCCAGCUCUCGGGCAAGGUCAGCCCUGUCAUCCAGUGGGACGAGAGUCGGCUGCAGCAGGCACCCCCCAGCAAGCCCGUGCGCAUUGCCUACAUGCUGGUUGUGCACGGCCGGGCCAUUCGCCAGCUAAAGCGGCUCAUCAAGGCGGUGUACCACCAGCAGCACUUCUUCUACAUCCACGUUGACAAGCGCUCCAACUACCUCCAUCACGAGGCGGUGGAGCUGGCCCGGCACUACCCCAACAUCCGCGUGACGCCCUGGCGCAUGGUGACCAUCUGGGGAGGUGCCAGCCUGCUGAAGAUGUACCUGCGUAGCAUGAAGGACUUGCUAGAACUGGCCGAGUGGCCCUGGGACUUCUUCAUCAACCUGAGUGCCACUGACUACCCCACGAGGACCAAUGAGGAGCUGGUGAUGUUCCUGUCCAAAUACCGAGAUAAGAACUUCCUGAAGUCUCAUGGCCGAGACAAUGCCAGAUUUAUCAAGAAGCAAGGCCUGGACCGCCUGUUCCACGAGUGUGACUCCCACAUGUGGCGGCUGGGCGAGCGCCACAUCCCCGAGGGCAUCGUGGUGGAUGGGGGCUCCGACUGGUUCUCACUGACGCGCAGCUUUGUGGAGUAUGUGGUCUACACCGACGACCAGCUGGUGUCCCAGCUGCGCCAGUUCUACACCUACACGCUCCUGCCAGCCGAGUCCUUCUUCCACACAGUCCUGGAGAACAGUCACGCCUGCGAGACACUGGUCGAUAACAACCUCCGAGUGACCAACUGGAACCGGAAGCUGGGCUGUAAGUGCCAAUAUAAACACAUAGUCGACUGGUGCGGGUGCUCCCCAAAUGACUUCAAACCCCAGGACUUCCUCCGGCUACAGCAACUCUCCAGACCCACCUUCUUCGCCCGCAAGUUUGAGUCGACGGUGAAUCAGGAGGUGCUGGAGAUCCUGGACACACACCUCUACGGCAGCUACCCUCCCAACACUCCGGCCCUGAAGGCAUACUGGGAGAACAUCUACGACCGUGUCGACGGGCUCAGCGGCCUCAGCGAUGUCACCCUCACCUUCUACACGGCCUUCUCCAGGCUGGGGCUCCGCAAAGCCAUGUCUGCGCCAGCGGCAAAGACUGACAAGCUCUGCAGAUUUGAGCCCCAGGGCUUCCCUUCCAGUGUGCACUUAUAUUUCUAUGACGACCGUUUCCAGGGUUACCUGGUGAUGCAGGAAGUGCAGAAUUUGGCAACUGGGCAGGCAGAGUCCCUGGAGGUGUGGAUGAUGCCCCAAGGAGCUCUGAAGCUGGCGGGUCACGGAGUGCAGGCAAACCGCUUACAAAACCUUGAGGUGGGCACAGAGUGGGACCCCAAGGAAAGGCUCUUCCGGAAUUUUGGAGGCUUGAUGGGGCCUUUUGAUGAGCCAGUGGCCAUGCAGAAGUGGUCACGAGGCCCUAACCUGACGGCCACGGUGGUGUGGAUUGACCCCACCUACGUCAUCGCCGCCUCCUACGACAUCACGGUGGAUGCUGAGGCAGAGUUCACCCAGUACAAGCCCCCCCUCAAUCGGCCCCUACGCCCCGGUGUCUGGACCAUCCGCCUCCUUCAGUUCUGGGAGCCCCUGGGGGAGAACCAGUUCCUGGUGGUGCCCCAGACCUUCAACCGCAAGCAGCCUCUCAGGAAAGAUGACAGUAACUGGCUGCACGGCGGGCCCCCCCGCAACGAGUACAUGGAGCAGAGCUUCCAGGGCCUGGGGGGGAUCCUCAACCUGCCGCGCUCCGAGGAGGCGGAGGAGGACGCGGUGCGGAAGGCGCAGCUGACGGGCAAGGCGCUGGAGGACUGGGCGGACGGUGCCAUCAGCGCUUUCUGGUCUGUGGCAGAUGUCUGCGUCAGCAGCCCCUCUGCCUGCGCUUCACUGGAGACCUGCAGCAAAACCUCCUGGAGCUCCCUCUCCCCGGACCCC